UCCGGGAAGGUCACGAAGGUAAUGAACCGUUGCUGAUUUUAUGCAUGACUGUCUUAAUGCAGACGAUACAGGUGAAAUAUUUACUUGCUAAGCAUCAAUAUAUGUGAUUUACUGUCAAGGCCACAAGAUGGCGAAUGAAAAAGCUCCAGAAACUCCACAAAAACAACGGAAACGCUUGGCUGUCAAGGAAGAUACAUUGUUGAUUGCUGUAAUAAAACGAUAUUUCAAGUAUGCAGGAGCUGCUUUAGCUAUAUGGGGAUUUGGCUACACCCAGUUAAGUCCUGCAUGGAUACUUUUGGGCUUGGUCGGUAUCGUUUGGAAGGAGAAACACCAAAAAUUGCAGCAAAAGAAGAUUGAAAUAUCACAGCAAGCUGCCAAGAAUGAAAAAGAAGCGAUCCUUGCAAGAGUAGAAGACCUUCCUUCUUGGGUUUUCUUCCCAGAUGUAGAGAGAGCAGAAUGGAUGAACAAAAUCAUAGAUCAGAUGUGGCCGUUUAUCGGGGACUAUGUCCAACAGCUGUUGAUGACGUCAGUCCAGAAAACCGUCCAGGACUCUGCCAGCAUCAUGGGAUCCUUCAAGUUCGUCAACAUCGACCUAGGAGAUAUUCCCCCACGUAUUGGAGGUGUGAAGGUUUACACAGAGAAGGUGAAGAGAGAUGAAAUAUACAUGGAUCUGGAUAUCAUAUACAGCAGUGACUGUGAGAUUGAGGUGAAGAUCAAGGGGAUAUCAGCUGGUAUCAAAGACCUCCAGCUUCACGGCACAGUGCGGGUCAUCAUGAAGCCACUGAUAAGCCAGUCCCCAUUCUUCGGGGGGCUGAGUGUAUUCUUCCUCAAUAACCCGUCAAUCGAUUUCAACUUGACAAAUCUUGCCAACGCCUUAGAUCUGCCUGGAUUGAGUGACAUGCUUCACACAAUUAUCCAGGAGAACAUCGCCAACAUCAUGGUGCUGCCCAACCGUAUUGUGGUGGAAAUGGCCAAGGGGGUGCAGAUCACUAAACUAAAGUUCCCACAACCAGAUGGUGUAAUGCGUAUCCAUGUGUUGGAAGCUAAGGAACUGAAGAAGGCUGACAUCAGCUUGACUGGCAAGGGAAAAUCUGACCCCUACUCUGUCAUUAGAGUUGGUGCAAACAAGUUCAAGACCCCUGUGAUAAACAACUCCAUUGCCCCGCAGUGGAACUCUGUGUUCGAGACGAUUAUAGAUGAGCGCGACGGUCAGUUCAUGGACAUUGAGGUGAGAGAUGAAGACACUGGAGGAAAGGACGACAAAUUGGGAACUGUGUCCGUGGAGCUGUCCCCCGUCGCGGACAAGGGAACCAUUGACAAUUGGUUACCCCUGGAGAACGUGAAGUCCGGAAAGCUCCAUCUGCGUCUUGUCUGGUUGUAUCUCUCCAAGGAUCCCCUCAUCCUCAACAAGUCUCUGCAGUCGAACAAGAACGACUCAUCUGGAGCCCUUGGCCAUGACCUCUCCUCCUGUAUCCUCAUGGUCAGCUUGGACAGCGCUCGAGAACUGCCUCGUAUUUCUCAGGACUCCUUUUAUUCGAGAACAAAGAAGAUGGCCGAGCCAUCCCCCUAUGUAACAAUCAAUGUUGGCCAGAAGACGGAAACCAGUAACAUUGUUAACGACUCGACCGAGCCCCGCUGGGAACAAGGUUUUCGGUUCCUUGUGCACGACCCUAACUUCCAAACUGUGGAUCUGAAGGUGUUUGACAAGAAGUCAGACAAGUCUCUAGGUGAGUUGUCAUUUCCUCUGAAGAAUCUCCUGACUGCCCCAGAUCUUGAAGUGGACCGCUUCUUUCCCCUCAAGAAGGCCGAGGGCAACAGCGAAAUCUCCGUCAGAUUUGCUCUACGGGUAUUGACAACAGAGCAGAGCCCAGAAUGGUCCCAGGAAACGGAGAAUCUCAUGUCCCCAACUGCUGACGCCCAGGAGACAAACGUUGACGAGGGAGUCACCCCAAUCUCCAAACCCAAGGUGUCCCAAGUGAGCUCUGACCCUAACGCUGGGAUCAAGCCCGCCACAGCACCGACUAAUAUUGGGCCGAUUGUCUCUGAGAAGAGUGGGAAUGUCAAGGGGCAGAUAAUUCCCCCAGCCAAGUCCCCGGGCCCCGCGAGGGAGUCAGAAGUAAGACAGAGGAACACAUCCACGAGUGGAAGUCUACAGGGUUCCCAUGGUGUUGGCAGGAUACAACUGACACUGCGAUACAGUAUGCAGAGAGGGAAACUCAUGGUGGUCGUCCAUAAGUGCACUGGCUUGCUGGCAUGUGACAAGGAUAACUUCUCCGACCCAUAUGUGAAGAUGUACCUUCUCCCUGACAAGUCAAGCAGCAGUAAACGCAAAACCAAGGUCGUCAACAAUAACCUAAACCCGACCUUCGAUGAGACGUUUGAGUAUAGCAUAACCACGCAGGAGAUGAAGGAGAAACAACUGGAGGUUACUGUGAAGAACGAUACAUCUCUCUUCUCCUCUAGCCAGAAAGAACUAGGGGUUGUCAUCAUCAAUCUUGCUAACAUGGAUGUCGUCAAGGCCACAACUGAAUGGUAUGACCUGUGUCCAGAAGAAAUGACCAAGAAAGAAACAGACAUAUAGAACACUAUUGACUGUUACAGAUACAAUUUGUAUAGAGAUGUGCACAUACUAUUUAGCAUGUAUUUUACAGAUACAAUUUGUAUAGAGAUAUGCACAUACUAUUUAGCAUGUAUUUUACAGAUACAAUUUGUAUAGAGAUAUGCACAUACUAUUUAGCAUGUAUUUUACAGAUACAAUUUGUAUAGAGAUGUGCACAUACUAUUUAGCAUGUAUUAUAACUCUAUGCACUUAUGUAUCUAAAAUGAGGUCCAUCUUUACUUCAUGAAGUAUAUUACCUUUUAAAACUCGCUGCGAAAUAUUGAUGUGCUGCUUUUAAAUAAAAUAAAUAUUGUGGUCACGAUUCAUGGUGUAUCUGCAAAGUGCAAUUUAGGUAGCUUCUUUUGUUUUUCUGGAAGUUUAUUCAUUGUUUUCUGAUGGAAUAUUGAUGAUUUCUUUUAAAGGUAUUUGUUAAAUGCAAUUUUAAACUAUAAGCUUAACUCAAAUUUGCUACGCUUGCCAUAUGAAUAUUACAGUUAUCGCUUGUUAGGUCAAACUUGGCAAGUUUAAUUAAUGAAGAUACUUUUCUGAGUACCGGUAGUAGAUUUCAAGCCUCUGUGUAUAUAGUAGAAGUGCAAACCACAAUGUAUUUAGUGCAAACCUCCAUGCAUUUAGUUAAAGUAGGACCUUCCAUCUACAAUGCUGACAACCUCGAAAUAUUUAGUAGUAUGAGAUUGUGUUUAUCUAAAGUUCGGAAAGACAAUGUUAAAAAUGAAAGUUAUAUAUGAAAGAACAAUUAUUUCAGACCAGUUUAGUUCAAUUUUACACGCGUGCUUGUAUAUAUGUGUAUGCAACUUGGGACUUAUAAUUAUAGUGUUAGUUGGAAAUAUCUCUGGCAUUUUAUUAAUUGACAUGUCAUUUUUUACUUUGUGGAUGUUCCAGUUUAAGAUCUUCAGUAACAUACACAUGUUUAUUGCUGAAGAAUUACUAAACUAUAGAAAGUUGAUAUUGGUACCUUGAAUGUGUGGUAAUGGGAUAUAAUUCAAUAUAUUGAAGAAUUUUUAAAGACAGUGUAUUUUUCCUGAAUGCUUGUUUUUCGAUAAGAAUUUAUUUUUUCUACCUAUUGUGUAUAAAUUUGAGGAGAAAGUAAGCCAAACGUGGCAUUUAGAUUUACUGUAAGGCCUAAAAAAAAUAUACAUUUGGUUCGGGUUACCCGACCCUACUUACGGAAUAGGCGCCCUACCGUUUUUAUAGUCAAUUUGAAAAAAAAAAAUAAAAAAAUAUUUCGUUUUUUUUUAAUUGCUUUUCAAUAUUUAGUUUAACCUUAAAUGCUUAUACAGAAGAUAACUUUAACACCAUUCUCCAAUGAUGAAAACGAUAUUCUUAUAUAAAGCCUAAAAAAAAAAAAAAAAAAAAAGCCUACCUACCCUACCUAUUUUUUAAAAGGAUGUAACCCUAACAAAACAUUUUUUUUUUUUUAGGCCUAAUAAUAUAUAAGAUAGAACUUUUAAGCUUAUAGAAGUGAUAGAUAUACUGUAGUUCUGUUUAUGUUCAAUGAGACUUGAAAAUACUCUUCUCUGUCAUAUUUUUAUACCCAACUUUGUGUUUUAUACCAGCGUUACCUGUUGACAGGUAAUUGUUUGCUUUGUGAUAUUUUUGUUUUGUUUGGAGCAGAUUUUAAUUAGCAAUUAUUAUGUCUAAUACAUAUCAAACCAUUAGUAUACUGAACAGAACAGAUAAGAUAGUUUUUUACCAGGUACAUCAUAACCGCAUAUAUGAGCACAAACAUGGUGUAUAACCGUGUAAGACUAAAUUAAUAGAAAUAUAUGCGCAAAUUUGGGGCAUAUUGUGAUAUGAAUACAAUUAUUAGAGACUUUUAUACUCCAUAGGAAUAAAAGUUUAUGAAGCUGUGAUGUUAUAAGAAUUGAUCAUUAUUUAAAUAACAGGAAUAUUGAAAUACUGGUAUUAAAAAAGCCAUAUAUGUUAUUUAACAUAAAUUUACAGACAAAUUUGAGGUCAUAGUAAAAAAGGAACACACAUGCAUUUCUAUGCAUAUUUGAAGUCGUAUAAUAAUAAUAAUAUUAAAAUAUCUGAGUCUGUAUUUAAACACUGUAAAUAUACGAAUAUAAUGAACUGAAAUAUCAAUUAUUUUUUAUACUUGUUCAGAAAAGCUAAUGUGAUAAAAUGAGCCUGUUUUCAUGACAACUGAUAUCAUCGAAAUAAAUUUUGUUGAUUUAUGGAGAGAAUAAGAAAUUUUUUUUUUUUAAAUAUGAAAUAAUUGUUAUGGUUUGUUUUUGUUUAGCGAACAAACUAAAACCACUUUUUGUUUUUUGGUGCUGUUUAUUGAUAAAUAAUGGACGAUUUAGUUUUAUUAUGAAAUAUGUUUAUUAUUUUUUACUUUGAAACUUUUUGGUUUAACUUUAUUUUUUAUUUGACAUUUUUUAAUUAAAUGAUUUUUUUGUUAAUUUCGUAUGGUCUGAUAUUGUUUGCAUGCAACAUUUUCUUGAUUAUAUCCUUGUUUUUGUCAUAUUGACUUGUAGAUAUAUGCUCGUAUGCUGAUUCCAAAUGUAUACCUCUUUUUUCUUUCAUAUGUAAAUUAAAGCUGCACUCUCACAGAUUGAACGUUUUGACAACAAUUUUAUUUUUUGUCUUUGAACGAGUCAAUUUAUGCGAGAAUGCAUGGAAACCAGUGAUAAAAGACUGCUGAUAAAUAAUCAGAUUGCAGAUUUUCAUAUUUAAGUUAAAAAAAUGCUGUUGUAUGCACUUUUCUAAAAUGGUUAGUAACGCUUUUAGCCAUAAAACAUAAUUUUCAAACAGAAUUGUGAAAAUCUGUGAUCUGAUCUUUUCUCAGCAGUCUUAUAUCACUGGUUUGCAGAUGUUUACGCAAAAAAUAGCUUAUUCCAAGACAAAACAAUAAAAAAAGUUGUCAAAACAGUAAAUCUGUGAGAGAGCAGCUUUAAGGUGGUUUUCAUUACAUAUAUUUUAGUUUAGGGAAGGGUUAGUUCUGAAACAGAUAAAUGUAGAUUGUCAAAUGCCUUUGAUGUUAGAUUUAGGUUAUGUAUGUGUAUGUACAUGCUUUUUUUUAAUUUCUCAGCAUAUAAAUAAAUACUCCUAUAAAUUAUCUUUAUAAUAUGUAUACUCAUUUAUAUUUUUUGUCAAAUGAUAUUGUUCGGAAAGAAACUCUAGAAAGAAAUACUACCUUUAAAGAUUUAAGAUUUGUUCUAUAAAAUGAUUAUGUUCUUUUAUGGUCAAGAUCUUAAACAGGUUGAAAAAUUUGUUUACAUUAUGGGGUGCAAAAUAGCUUCAUCGGAAUAAAUAAUUUAAUAUAUAUUCCAUGAAUGAAUAAUUCCAUAAGUAUUUCUUAUGCAAUUGUAUAUUCUUGAUUAUCACCCUCAGCGAAACUAAUUAACACAGUAUAAAUAUUUUAAAUGCAAAAAUUGUGCAAUUUUCUUAAUUGAAAUCGAAUGUGAAAUAAGGAAUCAGUUUAUUAUCAAUAACAGACAUCUUUGAAUGAUUGAGCUUAAACUACACUUGAACUUAGGGAAAUAGACUGAUUGACCAACUGCACAGCUUAAUAUUACCCUUUCAACUUCAUUUGCAUACAUUUAUAAAAAAAAAAAUAUGAGCACGUUAACCUUGUUUGUAGAAUAUAUUAUACUUUUGACAACGACAAAUAAUCUUGUAAUUGAUACUCAGACUUUAUAACCCCAAUCAUUUUUCACCUGGAUUGUUCGAUAGAAAAUAGGCAAUAUUGCAAUAUUGUUUUCACUGUGCAUUCAUGUAUAAUAUUUACUACUAUACUUUAUUACUUAAUAAAAUGCAAAAACA